GUCAUCAUACACGCUCGUGGCCGCCUAACCUUCGGUAGAUUUCCGCUUUCUUCUUCAUCUUUUUCCCCUCUUUCCGUUUUGGUUUCCAGAUUGCGCUUUUUCCCAAAGUGAUGAGUGUGUUGUGAUUGGUUCCAAGAUGCGCGAAAGGAAGCUAAGAAGUGAUGGUGAUUGUUCUACAAAAAAUCCCCAUGAAGAAUGUUUUCCUGUUGAUCAUGAGAUCACUCAUCUCACUAAAGUUAGAUCAGAACCAAGUGUGAAGGCUCGCAAAGUUAUCCAUCCUUCAGGGAAAAUGCCUAUUCCAACAAUUAAGAUGUUGUAUGGAAGGGAAGCUAAUUAUACCGGGAGGGGGAGGUUCUCUUUAGCUGAUUGUUCUCAUGUCCUCGGCCGAUACUUGCCUGUCAACGGUCCAUGGUUUGUUGACAGGAUGGAUAGUAGAGCAUAUGUAUCACAGUUCUCUGCUGAUGGUUCGCUUUUGGUUGGUGGAUUUCAGGGAAGCCGCAUCAAAAUAUAUGAUGUUGAUAACGGGUGGGCAUUACGCAAAGACAUUGUUGCUAAAAGUUUGCGAUGGACGAUAACAGAUACAACUCUUUCACCGGAUCAGCGGUUUCUUGUUUACGCCAGUAUGUCACCGGUGCUCCAUAUUGUAAAUGUGGGAACUGCUGCAACAGAAUCAUAUGCUAAUAUUAAUGAAAUCCAUGAAGGUCUAGUGUUGUCUACUGAUGAUGAUGAGGACUAUUCAGUGGGGAUUUUUUCUGUGAAAUUCUCAACUGAUGGUAGAGAGCUUGUUGCUGGAAGCAGUGAUGAUUCGAUAUAUAUGUAUGACUUGGAAGCGAAUAAAGUGACAUCACGCAUAUUAGCUCAUACCUCCGAUGUGAACACAGUCACUUUCGCUGAUGAAACCGGUAACAUCAUAUAUUCAGGAAGUGAUGAUAGCCUAUGCAAGGUUUGGGACCGACGCUGCCUUAGGGAAAGAGGAAGACCGGCGGGGAUCUUGGCAGGUCAUGUAGAAGGAAUUACAUUCAUCGAUAGCCGGAAAGAUGGAUGGUAUUUUAUUUCCAAUGGUAAAGAUCAAACAAUCAAACUUUGGGACAUCCGGAAAAUGACCUCCAAAGACAAGUGGCGCAGACGAAAAAGGUUGCACUGGGAUUAUCGAUGGAUGGAGUAUCCGUUUGAAGCUAGGAGAAUGAAACACCCGAAUGAUAUGUCAUUAGCUACAUAUCAAGGUCAUUCAGUCUUGCAAACCUUAAUACGCUGCUACUUCUCUCCUCAGUACAGCACUGGGCAGAAGUAUAUCUACACCGGAUCGAAUGAUAAAUGCGUAUAUAUAUUUGAUGUGGUAACUGGAGCACAAGUAGCAAAACUAGCAGGUCAUAGCUCGACGGUUCGAGAUUGUAGCUGGCACCCGUAUUAUCCGACGCUGAUCACCUCGUCUUGGGAUUGCUUGAUUGCACGAUGGGAGUUCUCGGGAAAUGAUCCUGACAAUAUCUUGUUGACGAAAACAGGCCGGCGGAAUCGUGCUCGUUUAUAUGCCGAUUAAAGUGCAUUAUCUGACGACAAAUUUACAUGUUCAAUGUAUCAAAUACGGUUGAAUUUUGUACAUAUUUCAUGUGGAAUAACUUUAUUUUGAAUACUGCCGCAUGAAAAUCAAUCUAAUUGUCUAAGAUGGUUGUUUUGUAUGAAUUUCUAAGAGUAUAUGAAAUAUAUGCAUGUUAUGAUAUUUUGUGGUGUA